AUGGAUUUACAAACAUCGCAUUUGGCAGCUGCAUUGAUGUCUAAUAACAAUUCAUUUAACAAUGAGCAACCUGGGGCUGUUAUAGCUCCUACCAUCAACGAUAAAGAUGAACCUAUGCAAAAUGAUCCGGCACCAGCGGUUAGUGAACCAGCAAAACAAACCACAUACGAAGAGAAAGAGGAAAUAGGCAGUGGCGAAGAGUUCUCUGAUGAGGAGUCAGAAGCGCAACCUGAAAACAAAUGUAUGCCAGGAAGAGGUGUUACUUUACAAAUGCUUUUGGAAGAGAAAAUGUUAGAACCAGGACAUGCUGCUAUGACAAUAGAAUAUUUGGGCCAAAAAUUUGUUGGUGAUCUACAAGCAGAUGGAAAAAUAAAGUCACAUGAAACAGAAACAAUAUUCUGUUCACCGUCGGCUUGGGCCAUUCACUGCAAGAGAAUUAUAAACCCUGAUAAAAGAUCGGGAUGCGGGUGGGCAUCAGUGAAAUACAGAGGCAAAAAAUUGGAUACCAUUAAAGCUACUUAUUUAAGAAGGAAACAAUUACAGAGAGAGAAUAUGCAUAGUGAUGAAGAAACAGAAAUGGAGGUUGAAAGUCCUCCUGAGCCUCCCCCACAGCGGAUUGUGAUGAAACAUAAUACUGUUCCCAAUAGAAUGAUGCAACAUGAUGCAAACAUGUUGAUAGAAGCUGUGUCAUUCUCAUCAGCGGGAAAGGUUCAACCGUUUUUAGUAUCAGUUAACUCCAAUGCACUUCUUAUUCUAGAUAUUCAUUGCCAUUUGAAAAAGGAAGAGGUUUAUGGCUAUUUGGCUGGUACCUGGGAUCUAAAUAACCAUAAUGUCUCAAUCACUCAUACAUUCCCAUGCUUGAUAAGCAAAAAUGACUCAAGACCAAGGGUUUUAGUUGAGUUGGAAAUACAAAUGGAAAUUGAAAAGUUAGGGCUCUCUUUAUUAGGCUGGUACCACUCCCACCCAACAAACCCGGCCAUGCCCAGUCUUAGGGACUGUGAUAAUCAACUUGAAUACCAGAUAAAAAUGAGAGGCCCUACGGAAAUAUCGUACAUACCUUGUAUUGGAGUUAUUUGUUCACCAUACAAUCCAGAGAGUCCUGUAUUGGAAUCAUCAUUAACAUUUUUCUGGGUUAUGCCGCCCCCAGAGCAGAGACCUACAGAAUACCCGAAACCUCUUCUUUUGCAAUACAAUAUGAUUCACGAUACACAUUUAUCAACUCACGCUAUGGAACAGAUAAAGAAAAGCAUAAAAUACUAUGGAACAUUCGCAGACGAUUCGCUAGUCAGUUUCAAGGACAACUUUAAACCUGAUAUCACUUAUUUGGAUAAAUUAAAAUGCACCCUCACUCCGAAAUUUCCGCGCGAGCAAAGCGAUGGUUUAUUAUGGCAUUUUAUAAGGGAUGAGUUAGGUUGUUCUUCAGAAAAUGAUGAUAAGAUGGAUUUAGAUGCGCUGUUGGCUGUUCCACAACCGAUUCCCGCAUCCAAGCCUCAAGUUACUUCAAUACCUAACUUCCCAUCAGUUAGCACACUGCAACAGAUGGUCAGUAGACCGGCUGGGGUGCCACCAAUCAAUGUUUCUUCCGCUAUAGGCUCAGUUUCUCCUCAUAAAUUUGAGACGCCGCCACUUAACAUACCCGUUUUACCGACAUCGUCUAAACUUUCUAAAUCGACGACUCCUUCCCUUCCCCCUACGUAUCCAACUGGAUUGGAUAUGUUAACUAGUAUGGCUUUAGGACUUGGAUCUGCGAAUAUGCCAUUACCUCUAGGUACACCAGGUCUAGAGAGUCUAGCUGCUGCUAACAGUAUGCUAACAGGUUUUAAUCCAGCAUUAUCUUCGAAUUUAGCAUCCACAUUAUCUUCAAGCAAACUCCCGGAUUUGCCUUCAUACGCUGCCUCUUUGCAAAAUCUAUCAAACAGUAUGGUUAAUUAUGAAAAAACUUCAACCACGACUUCAACAAGCUGUACAACUUCUGUCGCCCCUAUACCAGCUAGCAUCGCCUCUAACCUUAUGAUGAGUUCAGCUGAUAUAGCGAAUGCAUUAUUUUCAGCUAGUAAGUAUUCUAGCGCUGGUAUAUUAGGAAUACCAGAUCCGAUGUCGAAAUCCACUCUGGCUGCUAAUAACAUGUUUUUGUCGCCAUCUUUGCUUAAAAUGCAAGAGUCAUUAAUGAAGCCUUUGUCAAGUAGUAGUCCGAUCCCUUCUAAAGUUGGUCUCGAUCAGAAUAUGUUAAUGAAAAGCCCCCACGACCUCAUUAAACCAUCUAAGGACUAUCUGCCCCCUGAUUUUGGUAGUAUCAGUAAAUCAAAAAGUAGUUCCCACGAUUCCAUAAAACACCCGGACGUGAGCUCAUCUAAAUCAGAGACUUCUAAGUCAGUUUUAUCUGAAUCUCAACUACCAGAAUACCCUCAAAUUUGUUCGUCACCAAGGGUGGGGGGAGAUCCGUUUUUGAAUCAAAUGUUGGAAUUGACUAAAAAGACGACGAUUCCUGACUAUCCGGCCGACUACAGCCAGCCGCGGAAGAUGGAUGAAGAUGUCCAAAAGCUAACUCCUACAUCCCUUUCAUACUCCAGCGCCGCAAGCAUAGCUGACACUAUAGCCCAAGUUGCGAUGGGAAAUUUCAAUAAAAUGGAAGAUGCCAUGGACUACUCAACUGGUCAAGAUUAUUCAACUUCAAAAAAUACAAGCAACGAAACAGAAAAUUAA